AAUCGAACCCAAUAACCUAAUUGAUUGACCGAAUUUUUCGAUUUAAAAACUGGUCAAAUUUUUUCCUCGGAUUAAUAAACAUCAACCGAUAUUAUGUGUAUUGAAUUUGAUUUACCAAACAACAAUGAUGAAAUCAAAAAGAAUGAUAAUGAAAAUCUGGUUGAAAAUCGUCGACCAUUACCUGAAUCAAAGCCACAAGCUUUACCAUCAUCAGCACCGGAACAACAACAACAGAAUCUAAUUGCAAUGGAAGAUUUAUCCGCAAAUAACAAAAGAAAAAAAUUGAAAAAAACAAUCGUUGUUGAUAAAUUGAAUGUUGGUGGUGGUGGUGGUGGUGGUAAAAGAAAAUCAUUUCAAGAAGCCGAUUCCCUGAUACAAUCGUAUAAUGAUGAAUUAACAGUGAUCAAUAUGAAUCAAGCAAAUCAAAAAGAAUCUUCGAUGAAUAAAAUGAUUGAAAAUGACGUUGUUGUUGAUGAUGAAAAUUUUGAUACAACAAAAUCACCACCAUUAUCAACGACAACAGCAGGAAUGAAUUCCAAUCAAAUGAUGAUUGUAAAUGAAUAUAUUUCAUUAAAUUUGGUUAUGAAUCAAAAAAAUGGUAAAGAUUAUUAUUUGAAUCAUUUGAAUAAUGCAAAUCAAACAACAAAUUCAAUAACAAAAUUAACAGCAACAAAUAAAUUAAUAAAAUAUUUACAUAGAAAACGUCUGGAAGAACGUGGUUAUCGUAUGACAAAUAAAAAAUUAGGUGAAGGUGGUUAUGGUGCUGUUUAUAAGAUUUAUCAAUUAAAUAACAACCACCAAAACAACGAUAAUUCAAAUUCGAAUGUCAACGAUAACGGAAUAGCGCCGCAACGAUUAAAACCAUUAGCAUGCAAAAUAAUGUUGCUAUCAAACCGGAAAGAUAAACUAACUGCGCUGGAAAAUUUUGCCUAUGAAGUAUUCGCAAUGUAUCGUGGUCGUCAUCAUAAAAAUAUCGUUCAUCUUUUUGAUCAAUUUAUUUAUAGUCAUCAAGGUGGUAAUAGUGGCGGUAGUAGUAAUAGUAUUGGUGGUGGAAAUAGCCGUAUUGAUAAUUCAUCAUUAUCAUAUAGUUAUAUCGUAAUGGAAUAUGCCCGAUGUGGUACAUUAUGGGCAAAAUUAAAAAAAUUCGGUCCAUUCGAUACAACGAUAACUAUCGGUUAUUUUCAACAAAUAACCGAUGGUAUUCGGUAUUUACAUUCAAUCGGAUUAGCACAUCGUGAUCUUAAAUUGGGUAAUAUUCUUUUGACAACAUCAGCGGCAACUGCGGCAAAUAUUAGCGAUCAAAAUAAUGGUAAAUAUCAGGAAAUUGUUAAACUUGCUGAUUUCGGUUUGAGUCGUUUGGUAAAUUCAAAACAAUCCGGUUUAUUACGGUUUAAUAAACCGGCCGGUACAUUAGCAUAUAUGUCACCACAAAUAUUAUCAUGUUAUAUUCGUGCAAAUACUGUUCAACAACAACAACAACAACAACAAUUAGCACCUGUUGCAUCGGGUAUUAAUCGUGAUAAUCAUAAUCAACAACAACAACAACAACGAACAAGAAAAAAAUCCUAUCAAUAUCAUUCAUAUGAUCCAUUUAAAGCUGAUAUAUGGGCAUUAGGUGUUUGUUUAUAUCUUUUACUAAGUAAACAACAUCCAUUUGAUAAUCCACCACCAAAUAAAGAUGAACGUAUACAAUUUGCAAGGAAAAUGCUGGAUAAACAAUUAAAUUGUGAAUGGCGUAUGCCAACAAAUCUUGCUACAACCAUUAUACAAAAAUCAACAUCAAUUUUAAUACCACAUAUAACAAAACCAAAACCACAACCACCACCACCACCACCAAUAUCAUUAUUAUCAUCAUCAGCUUCAUCUUCAUCAUCCGCAUCAUCAUCCGACCAAACACAAACAAUAAUCAAAACAAAAACAACCAAAUCAAGUAAAUAUCGUCAAUGGAAAUGGAAUCGCCUGCAACAACAACAACAAUUAUUAGCAACAUUAUUAGAAAGAAUGUUUGAACCAAGUAGCCGUAAACGUUUAAAUAUUUAUGAAAUUAGUCAAUUAAUUAAUCAAUUACAAUUAUCAAAUGAUAAUUAAUGAAUUAAUGAUGGUGGUGAUUCUUAUUAAUAAAUUUUUUAAAUUAGUAAUUGAGAACAGGUAGAUCAUUUUUAUAAUUUGGUCCAAGGUGUGUUAGUAAAUGG